GAAUGCCGCUAGUCUUGGCUUUAGCAGUCAGGCUAUCUUGUAACUUGUACGUCAUAAAUUCUUUAUGGAGGUUGCUGAAUGAGUUUAUUUUUGCUCAUUUAGGUGUAGAGGUGUCUCCUUAAUUUUAUUUUUAUUUUUUGACGUACAUUUGCUGAGUUGUUUCUUCGUCUCUGGUUCCUUUUGAGACAUGCUGCGCGUGCGGUCGGCGCUCAGUCGGUCCUGGAGGGGGUUCAAGACCUUCCCUUGUGCAGCUGUGGAGGUUAAGAAUGAACCCAUCUUGGCAUUCAAAGAGGGAAGCAAAGAAAGAGCAGAGCUAGAGAAGGCGCUACAAGACCUAAAAGGAAAGAUGGAGGAGAUUCCAUGUGUGAUCGGAGACGAACAGAUAUGGACCAAAGAUAUCAGAUACCAGCUAUCUCCGUUUAAUCAUGCACACAAAGUAGCCAAGUUCUGUUACGCUGAUAAGGAGCUCCUGAAUAAAGCCAUCCUGGCCUCGGUGGCAGCGAGGAGAGAAUGGGACCUCAAACCAGUAACAGACAGAGCCCAAAUCUUCUUCAAGGCUGCUGAUGUAAUCAGUGGACCAAAGAGAGCAGAGGUUCUGGCCAAGACCAUGAUUGGCCAGGGUAAGACCAUCGUGCAAGCUGAGAUCGACGCUGCAGCCGAGCUCAUUGACUUCUUCCGGUUCAACGCCAAGCACGCAGUAGAGCUGGAGCAGCAGCAGCCUCUGAACAGUGAUGGCAGCACCAACACCAUGCUGUACCGUGGGCUUGAGGGCUUUGUAGCUGCUGUGGCUCCUUUCAAUUUCACUGCCAUUGGUGGAAACUUGGCUGGCACACCAGCUAUAAUGGGUAACGUGGUGCUGUGGAAACCCAGUGACACGGCUAUGUCUGCCAGCUAUGCAGUCUAUAAGAUUCUGCGCGAGUCCGGCUUGCCUCCCAACAUCAUCCAGUUCGUUCCAGCUGAUGGCCCGGUUUUUGGCGACACUGUCACUUCUUCUGAGCAUUUGGCUGGAAUCAACUUCACCGGCAGUGUCCCAACAUUUAAGCGCUUGUGGAAACAAGUGGCACAGAAUCUGGAUAUCUACAGAAAUUUCCCUCGUGUUGCUGGAGAAUGUGGUGGCAAGAACUUCCAUUUUGUGCACAAGUCAGCAGACAUUGGCAGUGUGGUGACUGGCACCAUUCGCUCAGCAUUCGAGUACGGAGGGCAGAAAUGUUCAGCUUGUUCCAGGAUGUAUGUCCCAGACUCGCUCUGGCCUCAGAUUAAACAAGAGCUCCUGGCUGUGCACAAACAGAUCAAAGUGGGAGACCCUGUCGAAGAUUUUAGCACAUUUUUCUCAGCAGUUAUUGAUGACAAGUCCUUUAGCAGGAUCAAAGGGUGGCUCGAACAUGCCAAGUCAUCUCCUGAUCUUACUGUGAUUGCUGGAGGAAAAUGUGACGACAGGAAAGGAUACUAUGUGGAGCCCACGAUUAUUGAAACCAAAGACCCUCAGGAUAAAAUAAUGAAUGAGGAGAUCUUUGGACCAGUUCUGACUGUCUAUGUCUAUCCUGAGAACGACUACAAGAAAGUGCUGGAGCUGAUUGAUAACACAUCUCCGUAUGCACUAACAGGGGCUGUCUUUGCCCAAGAUAAGGCUGUUUUACAUGAGGCAGCAAAAGCACUGAGAAACGCAGCAGGAAAUUACUACGUUAAUGACAAAUCGACAGGUUCAAUUGUGGCCCAGCAACCAUUUGGAGGCGCCAGAGCAUCAGGUACCAACGACAAGCCCGGCGGCCCACACUAUGUCCUCAGAUGGACCUCACCGCAGGUUGUAAAGGAGACCUACGUUCCACUCAGAGACUGGAAAUAUGCCUACAUGGGCUGAGAACUUUCCUGUUCCAUCCACAAAAUCGCACUUAUCAACAAACUACUCUAAUAACGACUGGCCUUUUAAAGUUGUAUGCUUCUUGGUUCCCACAACAGUGGCUUGAUGGUACGGUGUCCCCUUGUGAUGCUGUUCUGGACUACACAUUGCAGAACUACUGAAACAGCCCUUAAAUAUGUGAACACAGUUAGGAGAACGGCAUGAAAGCUGCCUCCAGUGGUUUCCCAGCCCACACACACGUCAUCAGACGAUACUGCAAGUUUUAAUAGUAUUGAUUAAAGCAAGAGGAUCAGAAUUGCACUGAUAAUUUCUGUUACUGUCAUCUGUAGUGUGUUUUUUGCUUACUUAUCUUUAAAAUAAUCCUCACCUGGGAGUUUACCCCAGCCAUCAGUGUAUAAAAGUGUUACAGUAGUGUAAAUACAGGUUGAGUUAGAUUACCCUGAAAUGGGCUACUUUCUUGUCUGAAUCUAAACUUGAGUUAGAUGCUGUAAUUGAUUAAAUAAAUACAAAAAGCUUAUUAAUACCUAAUUAAAACAUAAUAUUAUGAUGCUGCUUAGUGCUAUAAUGGUCAAACAGAUGGAUAUGUGGAAAUUGGCUCUGAGCUUGUAGCAGUUUUGACCUUAACUUGACUGACAGUAAUGGAGUCUCCAGCAGUUAUGAAUUUUAAGUGAACUUCCUGUUCAACUUUGGUGGAAAUUUUGGUAUUAAUAUCAUACUGAUCCUAUGUAAUGCUGUUAGUGAAACAAGGGAAUCUGGAGCUGUGACUCAAUAAAGGUAUAGUUGAACAGUA